AUGAGUGAGGAUGUAAGUUCAACAUCUAAAUCUGAAGGACAAAGAGAUGAUGAACCUACUUGCCCACCUGAGCCUGUGGUUGCCCAGCAGCCCAGUCAUGAACAACCUGAACAAGUGGAAGCAGAUGCACCUGGUCAGAAGAGAGACGAUGAAGAACCUGCAGCUGAAGGUGAAGGGAAGGGGAAGAAGAAUGCUUGGUGGCCUGAACUGGAGGCAGAUCUUGAAGAAGUGGAGCAGCCCAAGACUGGGCGUGAGCGGGGAGAUGGGCCAGAUGUCAAGGGGAAACGUCUGCCAGCAUGGGACUACACUAAACUGCUAGGAUCAGGUUUACCGGCAAACAGAAAGGGUGUAACCAAACUCCACAACGCGCGCGUCGGGCUCCAAUUGGCUAUGCGUGCAGCGCAGGCGCAUUGGUUCCUUGGCUAG